AUGAAUGCGCUAGGAUUAUUUCUCAUCGUGCUGUGCAGCUCACUCGGCGUGACCGAGUCGGGGCAGACGGAGGAGAGCAACGCGAACCAGGCUCUCAAGUGGCAGGGGGAAAAGCCACUGAGCAACAAUCACUUUGUCUCUCUGCGACGGAAGCCAGCGAAUGACUCUUAUUAUGGCGCUGGCCACGUAUGCGGUGGCUCGGUCAUUAGCCACACUGUGGUGCUAACUGCUGCGCAUUGUUUCGUGGAUCGAACGAGCUCGAAUGGCACUUUCCUGGACAAGUCGAAUUUCGUCGUUGUGCUGGGCAAGAAGCAGCUGACGACGGACAACGAUAAGCCGUUGUUCUUUAGACUGCAAGAGGUGGCGGUGCUGGUGACGAUGCUGGACAUGGAGAGCUACGACAAGGAUAUCGCAUUGGUACACCUCAACGGCACAGUGCCGCCCUUUAUACAGCCCGUUCAGAUGACCACGGACACGCAUCAGCCGCCAGCCCAUUGCCAGAUCUCCGCCUGGACCAACAAUCAAAUGGAAUACUCUCUCGGCCAUUUGGUCAACCUAAAUGUGACGCUAAGCGAGCGGCCGGCCUGCCAGCAGGUCGACCUGCUGCCGGGCAUGAUCUGUGCGGAAAAUGCGAACGACACCCAGCUGGCGGCCUGCAUCCCCGAUGAUGGGGGGCCGUUGCUCUGCGAGGGGCAGCUGGUUGCGUGGGGCACUACAAAUCCUGGAUAG